CAAUUCAUGCCACAUUGCAAGAUUAAAUGAAAAUCAAAGAAAUGUACAAAUCCCAGUCAUGAGCGCUCUCCUCGAUUCUUCUUCCCCAAAUCCCUCACACGACACCACACUCCCUCCGUACCAGACUAGGGUUUCUCACCGGCGGCGGGAUGGGCGGCGACGCGACGGAGAUUGCCAUCCUCGAGAGCCAUGGGCCCCAGGAGAUGGCCUCGCUGCCGAUCCCCGACGAGCUCCUGCCUGAAAUCUUCCUCCGCCUGCCCACCCCCGCCGACCUCGUCCGUACCUCCGCCGCCUGCGUCUCCUUCCGCGGCGUCGUCACCGACCGCCCCUUCCUCCGGAGGUACCGCAAGAUCCACGCCCCGCCCCUCCUGGGCUUCCUCGACCUGAACGGAGUCUUCCACCCCGCCGAGCCGCCUCACCCCUUCACUUCGGCAGCAGAAGCCUUCGCCGACUUCAGCUUAUCCUUCCUCCCUGCCCCAGCCAGCGACUGGGCCAUUCAAGACAUCCGCGACGGCCGCGUCCUACUUGGCAGGCGCGGCGUCUUCACGGAGUUUGUGGUAUGUGAUCCCUUGCACCGGCGGCACAUCCUGCUUCCCCCAAUCCCUGAUGUCAACCAGUGGCUUCCUUCAGUGGACAACUCACAUAUCUUCCUCAUGGGCGGCGAUGAGGAUGCUUCGGACGAAACAUUUUUCAGAGUGAUAUAUGUGGCAGUCAACCAACAUAAGCAGGUCGCCUUGGUCUUCUCUUCCAGCACCGGACAAUGGCGAGCCACUCCUCCAUCAAUAGUGCGAUCACCUAACUCAUACUGGCUCCAGUGUGCGUAUGGCUGCUUGUAUGGGUUGACAGAGAGAAAUCAGAAGUUACAGGUGCUUGACACCCAGAGGAUGGUGUUCUCACUCUUAGACCUCCCGCCUGAAGCCAGAGCCGGAGGUUCUUCUUAUGUGCACAUAGCCAUUGUGGAGGCAGGGGAGGGCAUCAUUGGGAUGUUUGUGCUACCACAUAAGACAUAUGACCUCAGUUAUUUCAUUAAGAGAAACAACGGUGGAAGUUCCAGCCACUGGCAGUUGGAGAAGACAAUCUCACUGGAUUCUUCUCAGUACUCUCUAAACAAGCAUUCAACAGGGAGGAAAUUGUUCCUAUACCAUCGGGGAAGCCCAUCGCUUGUUGCCGGCCUUUUCUCAAUGGACGUCAAGACAUUCCAGCUUCAGAUGGUGUUUGCCUGCAAAUAUUAUGGCAUGCUUUACCCACGGGCAUAUUACAACUUUCCACCAUUCUUGUCGACUCCAAUAGUAUCAAGUGGUACUCAGGAACAAGGUGUGGAGACGCCACAAGCUGAAGAAGAGCCCAUAGAUAGCCCUCAGUACGAGAGCAAUGUUAAUGAGGCAAAUGUUGGAAGUCCUGCCGAUGUAUCGAGGACUGGAGAUGGUUCUGAUUGACGUUGUGCUAUGACUGGACAGUUGACCACAGUUUGGUCAUCAAUAGGGUACUCAGGAACAAGGUGAGGAGCUGAUAGAUAGCUGUCAUGAUGAGAGAAGUGAUGAUGCCGUGGAUGUUGGAGGUCAUGCUGGUGUAUGGAGGGCUGGAGAUGGUGCUGAUUGAGAUUAUGCUGCAACUGGUCAGUUUGAUCGCCAAUAGAGUGCUUGUGACUAUGUCUGUCCUUAAUAUGGUCAUUUAAAAUUAACGUGGAGUUUAUCUUGUGUGGCUUGGUCGGACCAUGAUCGGUGCAUCUGUCGGACAGGGUAACAGACAAUUAGUUUCUCAGUAAUUAAUUAUGACUGUGAGAGUGAUUGUGAUCUUGUUGUAUGCCUGCUCCAUGUGGCAUGAAUGGAACUGUUUAUGCUACUUGCUUGUUGUGUAGCCAAGGUGAUCUGAUUAUGCUGCUAUUUUUCUUA